AUGAUUCGAUAUUCAGUUCAUGUCAAAGUAACCGGCAUGACGUGUGAUCAUUGCGUCAAUACAAUUACCAAGGCCUUACAGCAAUUUCCGGGUAUUGAAGCAUCCAGUAUUCAUGUUAGCUUAGAAAAGUCAGAAGCAACAUUUGAUACCGACAAUGUGGACAACAAGAUCGUAUCAGAAUUGCAACAUGAUAUCUCUGAGCUCAUUGAGAAUCUAGGUUACGAUGCUGGCACACCCAAGCUCACAGCAGUUACCGCAUCCACAAAUGCCACUGCAACAUCUGAUGCCAAUCAACAAACCUAUGUCAAGGUAUCGGCUUCUGUUACGGGAAUGACAUGUUCGCAUUGUACAAACACCAUUGAAGAAGCCCUCAAGGAGCUUCCCUUCAUUGAUCCUGGAUCUGUAGAGGUCUUGUUGGAUGAAGAACUUGCCAGCAUGCGAUUUAUCAACCCGGAUGAUACAGUUACAAAGGACAAGAUAAAGGAGACCAUUGAAGAUCUCGGUUACGAAGUGGGCCAAGUGACGUUUAGCUAUGAUGUUGCAAGUGAGGAGUUGGAGCAAGAGGAGGAGAAUGGCACUCAAACCGCUGUAUUUUCCUUAUCCGGAAUGACGUGCCAAUACUGUGUGAAGACGGUGUCAGAGGCACUGCAAAAAUUACCCGGUGUGAUUCCAGGCUCUAUAUCCAUCAGUUUGGAGAACAGACAAGGCAGAUUCUCCUUCCAAGGUGGCAAGGUAGAUGCAAGCUUGAUUCAGCAAGUUAUUGAAGAUCUCGGCUAUGAUUUGAACGGAAAGCCACACUUUAGAUCAGGCUUGCGUCGCGAGUCCAUGGAGCUAUCGAAAUCAUAUACUAGUCAAGUGUCAAUUAGCAUGACAGCAACUAAUGAAAGUGCACCUCUGCUACAACAAGGAUCUACCCAACAGACUAAUGGCGACAAGCGAAAGGUGGUGAUGCGUGUACUGGGAAUGACUUGCCACUCGUGUGUAGCCUCGGUAACAGAUGCCCUUCAGCACGAAUUACCGCAAGUGGACCCUGACUCUGUUUAUGUCAACUUGCAAACUGAAAUGGCCAUGUUCAUCUGUACCAACCCUGACAUUGAUCUCAUCCACAGUGUCAUUGAAGAGCGAGGAUUCGAUGUAGAGAAUGUGCAGAUCAUUCACAACUUGACACCUCCUGCUGUAUUACUGGCUCAAAAGCAAGACACCAUCAAUAGACACGACUCCAUCACCUCUCUCAGUGCUGUCUCGAUUGAUACCCAAACGGUCUCUGCUCCUCACAAGGUCAACUUCCAAAUCUCAGGCAUGACAUGUGCUAGUUGUGUGCGCACAAUUGAACGUGGUCUGGUCAAGCUACCUGGCGUGGAUCCGUCGUCUGUCCAAGUCAAUCUUUUGACGCACAGUGGUACUUUUUCUGUUUAUGGUGAUAUACUAGACGAGCAAAUGAUCAUCAAAGCUGUCAAGAACAUGGGUUACACCGCAAGCAAGGUUGUCUUUAUCUCCAAUGCGCCUGCUCCGGAGGCAACUGCUUCCUCCACAGUGGCUGUUUACAAGGCCGAGAUGAUCAUCACUGGCAUGUACUGUCCUAACUGCAUUGAAAAAGUGCAUUCUGCUCUGGUCAAGCUACAUGGUAUGCGCGCCAAGUCCAUCCAAGUCAACCUAGACAGUGGUCGUGCUAGUUUUGAAUACAGUGGUGAAUUUAUUACUCGUCAAAGAAUCUAUCAAGCGAUCCUACAACUCGGUUUCUCUGCGGAAAGUAUUAAGAUUGCCAAAGUCAGUGGUCGAGAUGACAGUGAUACAGCAAGCAUCUCGAGUCGUAAAAGUAGUCGCUAUGUAUCCACACAUCUGGUGGUUACUGGUAUGACAUGCUCAUCGUGUGUAGCCAAUAUCGAGCGUACCAUCAUGAAGCAAACUGGUGUAGUGAGCUGCCAAGUCAAUCUCCUCUCAAAAUCUGCAGUGAUCAAGCAUGAUCCCACUGUGAUCGGUGCUCGCUCUUUAGCUCAAAUGGUUGAACAAAUCGGUUACAAGGCUGAACUCGCGCAAGACACGCAGGGCAAUACGAUCGCAGAGCAACGAGCGUCCAUGAGAGAAAGCAUGGACAAGGAACUCGCGGUUCUCAAGGCCAGAUUCUUGUGGUCCCUCCUAUUUGCUAUUCCCGUGGUAUUGAUUUCAAUGAUUUUCAUGAUGGCACUACCAGCUUCCAAUCCAGUGCACAAGGCUUUUAUGAAACAAAUUGUGCAUGGUCUCUCUGUGGGUGAUCUUCUCUUGUUUUUGCUGUCUACCCCUGUGCAAUUUUGGCUUGGUCUGCCCUUCUAUACAAAGGCUUACAAAUCGCUGGUCUAUGCUCAUACAGCCAACAUGGAGACCUUGGUUGCUAUGGGCACCACUGUUGCCUACCUCGCUUCUGUUGCUUCUGUGAUUGCAGCCAUGGUGCGUCGCACAGCUGGUGCUAUGAGCCUAAACUACUUUGAAACAUCUGUGCUCUUGAUUACCUUUAUUCACUUUGGUAAAUGGCUUGAGGCUCUGGCCAAGGGCAAGACUGCAGAGACUAUUACCAAGCUGAUGGAUUUGCAGCCAGAAAAGGCUACUCUGGUAGAAAUCUCCAAAAACAGCUCGACACAAAACUUGAGCGACUCAGUAUCUACAUUAACAAAUAACUCUGGAAAAGAUGUUAGUGAAUCAGACCAAGUUUUGACAGAAAGAGAGAUUGAUUCAGUGGAUAUUCAAGUGGGUGAUAUUCUCAAGAUCAAUGCUGGCGGUCGUAUUCCUUGUGAUGGUAAAGUCUGGAGAGGAUCUUCAGCUACGGAUGAAUCCAUGAUUACUGGUGAGUCUGUCCCUGUUACUAAAAAGGAGGGCGACAGUGUCAUUACUGCGACUAUCAAUCUCAGUGCUCCCAUCUAUAUCCGUGCUAUCCGUGUGGGCUCUGAAACUACCUUGUCUCGUAUUAUUCAACUGGUACAAGAUGCUCAAGCGUCACCCAAGGCCCCUAUUGAACAGUUAGCGGACAAUAUCUCCAGUGUAUUUGUGCCUGUGGUCAUUCUCUUGGCUAUAGCUACCUUUGUUGUAUGGGAAGUGUUGAGUCUCAAGAAUGCUUUUCCUGAUGAUUGGGUACCUAUGGGUGAGAACAAGACUAUUUUCUCUCUUAUGCUCGCUGUUACUGUCCUGGUAAUUGCAUGUCCUUGUGGUUUAGGUCUCGCUAGUCCUACAGCUGUCAUGGUUGGUACAGGUGUUGCUGCCAAGUACGGCGUGUUAGUCAAGGGCGGUGGAUACGCAUUAGAGAUGGCCAGUCGCAUCACCACUGUUGCCUUUGACAAGACGGGUACAUUGACCAUGGGCAAACCUAUCGUCACGCAUAGCUGGAUCGAUCAAGCAAGUGAACAACAGACACAGGGAAACAAUGCUGAACAAAGAAUUGCCAUCUGGAAGAUUCUCGGUCGCGUGGGCUCUGCUAGCAACCAUCCUCUCUCAAAAGCUAUUGGAAAGAAGGCAAAGCACGUUAUUCGCACUCUAAAGGCCAAUCCUGAUGUCUCUGAUACCGAGCUGAUCUCUAACAAUGUGAACAUGUUUGACGACGAUGUUGAAGAAGAGGAUGCUCAAGACGAUGCCUCCAACAUCUUUGACGGUGUUACCAUUACCAACGCACAAGAAGUCCCUGGCCGUGGUUUGUUGGCUACCAUCACUCUGACUACAGACAUCUCUGCCAAUUUGACUGGUAAACUUCGCAGCAUUCGCGCACUCAACGUCUUUUUGGGCAAUCAAGAGUGGAUGGACGAGAAUCAUGCACGUUACCAAAGCUCGCGACAAGCCAAAGCAUGCCGCAACCUCUUGUUGGAUUGGCAAAACCUGGGUCAAUCUAUUGUGCUUGUGGCUGCCUCACCUGUUGGCGGUGGAAACGAUCAAGAGCCGUCCAGCAGUGAUACUCACAGAGAAGGCUGCAAGAACGCAUGUGCUUGUGAUGUCUGUCAUUGCGCAACCAACUCCCUCUGCUGUGCCGCAUCUCAAACCAUAAUGAUCUCUCAACUGGCCAUUGCUGAUAUUCCUCGCCCUGAAUCAACUCAACUCAUUGCCGAACUUCGAAAGCGUGGUAUUGAAGUGUGGAUGAUUACAGGCGAUAACGAACGUACGGGCCGUGUCAUUGGUCAACAACUGGGUAUUCCUGCAGAUUUUGUCUUGGCUGGUGUGAAACCAGAGCAAAAGGCUGACAAGAUCCGAAACCUGCAACGUCGUGGUAUUCGUGCGAAUGACUAUCAAUACUCUACUCAUCAUCAGCAAUUUUGGAGGAGAAACGGCAAGCAGCACAAACAAGCAGUGGUAGCCAUGGUUGGCGAUGGCAUCAACGACUCUCCAGCACUGGCACAAGCAGAUGUUGGUAUCUCUGUUGGCUCUGCUACGGAUAUUGCCAUUGAAGCUGCUAGCAUUGUGCUCAUUCGAAACAACUUGAUGGAUUUACUGACCAUGUAUGAUGUUUCACGCACUGUGGUUCGUCGUAUUCGCUUCAAUUUCUUUUGGGCAUUCUUGUACAAUGCUGUAGCCAUUCCUAUUGCUGCUGGUAUCCUGUAUCCAGCUGUUGGCCAAGGCUUACCACCUUACAUUGCAGGUAUUGCCAUGGUGGCAUCCAGUGUCAGUGUCGUCUGCUCCAGUCUUCUGUUGCGCUUAUACAGGGCUCCCAAGGUGGUUGAAGAAUCUCAUCAAAUUAAAUUGUAA